AUGCAGGCUCCAGCACCGGCUCCCGAGCCCCCCUUUGCCGCGCGGUCCGCGGCGGCCCUGUCCGCGACCACGCGCGUCUCGCAGCUGGGCGCCUGUGUUGCACCCACGAUCCUGUCACCGAGGUCUCAAUUUCAGCAGACACUCCGGCUCACUCCACGGCAAAGCGUCGUGCCCGUCGUCGGAGGUGACUUUCCUGCUGUCUGCACGGCCGCCCCCGGCCCAAGCCUCCUCGCCUCGUCCCGGGCGAGCUCGGUGCCGUCGCUGCGCGGGCGUGGCGCAGGAGCAACGGGGCCGAAGCCCACCCUAAGUCCCUUCCAGGAUGGGCCUGUCUUGCACGUGCCAACGCUGCCGCCGCCGACAGUGCCCACCUUCGUUCAGCCAGUUCCCGUCUCGCUAACACCACGGGUCUUGCAGCCCUCGAGGUGUCCUUCCCGCGAGCGGAUCGGGUCCCAACCUGCGCCUCUCAUCAACAACGCCUCUGCGCAGACGCUCGCGGCUGCCCCGCCCAUGAUGACGCCCCAGGUGUCGCGCACCUCCGAGGGCAUCCCACUUGAGCCGUUGGCCACGGAUGCGCUGCCCAAGGAUGGCCGCGUCCUUUCCGCCGUCCGGCUGCGUCCCGCGGCGCACGCGGCCCACGCGCCAGCCCUGCGAUCCAACAGUCGCUCCUCCACGCUGCGCAGCUUCGUCUGCGGCUUGCCCGGCUAG